UCAGACUCAAAAGAGUAUUUCCCAGAUUUUCUAAAUAAUAAUUCUUCAUUUCAAGUGAUCUGAUUUAUAAUUUAUGUGUAAUGCUUUGUGCAUUAUUUAAUGAUCACCUCUUCAGCCCUUUUUGAUGAAUGUUUUGAAUGUACCGCUUAAGAUAAUUUUUAAUUUUAUUUACGCAAUUUUAAUGAACUCAUUACCUCAUACAUUUCAAAUUGAUUUUGACAAUGCUUUUUCAUUUGCUAACUGCUUUUUACUCUUUCUAACAAAUUUUAAUUUAUUCAUCGUUUUUAUCAUUUGAUUUUCUGUUGUGACAAUUUAUUCAUUAUUUGCGUUUAAGCACUUCGAUGGGACAAAAGAGAUCAAAACUUGAGCUUAACAAAGUUGUUCGUGAACCAACGAAACUUUGUAUUUCUAACUCAUUGGUAUCCAACAAUGUUGCUGCCAUUGAAGAAAGGAUAACCAAUAAAGAGAAUGAAAAUGUUUCUUCUCUCAAUCUUCAGAAUCAUCUUAAAAAAGGCUUGAAUACCUAUGCAUCGACAUCGAAAUCGUCAGUACCAGCAUCCAUCCAAAGCAAUACCACCUGUAAACCCAGUGAUUUUCAGCUGUAUCUGGGGACCAUUUUGAAAAAGCUACAAACCAAAGAUGAUUCCGAUUUUUUUGCAACACCAGUUACAGACGAGAUCGCUCCACUUUACUCAACCGUUAUUUCUCACCCAAUGGAUUUUAGUACAAUGAAAAGGAAAAUCAAUCAAAAUCUUUACAAAACAAUAGAAUCUUUCCAGAAUGAUGUUAAGCUCAUCUGUGAAAAUGCCAUGCUUUACAACGCGCCUUAUACUGUUUAUUAUAAAAAGGCGGAAAGAUUGUGGCGUCAUGCUGAACAAAAAAUUUUCACCAAAAAAGCUCUCAUCAAGUUAGCUCGUCGAUAUCGCGGUCUAAACGCAGCUAUUGAAUAUGAAUUGAAAAAUAAAUCGAAUGGUGGAGUUUUGAGUGCUGAAUGUGCUGACAAAAACAUCGCCAUUGAAUCAGUCGAAACGCAUCGUAAAUUGAUUGAAAGUCAACAUGACUGUGAUAUGGCAGAGGAUACAACUAUGGAUAUCUCACCGAUUCAAUCAUCAACAUGUAUCGAAAACUUGCAGUGCAGCUGUUUGAAUACACUAAAACCUGCUGAUAAAGAGAAUACCGAAUUGAGUAAAAGUGAAACAACCAAUAAAGAAGAUUUGACUGCUGAACAAAUUUUAGCCCAUGUGGAUAAAGCAGCAAAAAAACUUACCAAUCGAGUAAAAUAUAAAGGAUCCCAUUUAAGUAUCUUACGUCCAAAGAAUGAUGGAACCACGACAUUGAAGAUAAUUAGUGAAGUAAAAGAGAAACCAGUAACGUUGGGAAGUUUGGUUGGUCCUUUAUCCGAUGGUCUUUUUGAUUUACCGCCCUACAAAGAACCUGAAGAAAAUCUCGUUAACCUGAUUGACUCUGUCCCUACAGAACCUUUCUCGUCAUUUCUACCCUCAUGGGACUCAAGCUAUGCUACCCUCAGUCAAGAAGAAACUCGAACAUUGAUAGAAGCUUUUGGAGAUGAUGAUGUUUGUUUUCAAUAUACACAUAGUAUUUUAUCGUUUUCUGAUGGCAAUGAUUUAGCCAUGAACAUGGCUGACCGGAUAAUUAAAACUCUUACUGAUAAACAAGGCAAAGAGCUCGAGGAACUAGCUCUAGAGUUCAAUAUAGAUGAAGAAAAUUUAGAGGAAAAUGAAAAUGAAAGCAAAGAUGAAGGCGAAACGGAAAAAGAAACAAUUUACGAAAUAGAAGCCAUUGAUAUAAGUUCCGAUGAUGAUGAACCUCAAGUUCUAAGCUCUCAAUUCAUAUCGAAUCCAUUGAAUGAGCAUCAACCAAUCAAUAUGCAACCCUCGACGUCUUGUGUACAGCCAAUAUCGCUGUCAAAUGAUGAAAUGGAACUGACUGAGCUUGUUAAUGAUGAAACAACAAUUUUAUCCGAUUCACAAGAUCAUGAAACUUCGACAAGACCAGAUUGUAUGCUUCUUGAAGAUAUCAUAAGAGACUUAGAAAUUGGCAAUUAAAUCAAACAAUUAUUGAAUCUCAUAAUUUAACAUCAAUAUUAUCAUAUUCAUCUCCAUAAGAUUUCUUGAUCUGUACAUUUGAAAUCACAAAACUCAAUUUUAAACAAAUUUUAAUUCUUUUCACACCCAGCUGACAGUCUGCCGACUCAAAAACAUGAAAAAUAAUUUCAUAAUUUUCUGUGAUAAUAAAAAAGUGUUUUCAUUUCUUUCCAA